CCUCCUGCCUCAGCCUCCCGCACGGGGACCUUCGGGCGCGUCCACCUGGUGAAGGAGAAGGCCGCGCAGCACUUCUUCGCGCUGAAGGUGAUGAGCAUCCCGGACGUCCUCCGCCUGAAGCAGGAACAGCACGUGCAGAACGAAAAGGCGGUGCUGCAGGAAGUGAGCCACCCCUUCCUCAUCCAGCUGUUCUGGACGUGGCACGACGCGCGCUUCCUCUACAUGCUCAUGGAGUUCGUGCCGGGCGGUGAGCUCUUCAGCUACCUGCGCAACCGCGGCCGCUUCCCGGGCACCUCGGGCCUCUUCUACUCGGCCGAGAUCGUGUGCGCGCUGGAGUACCUGCACGCCAGGGACAUCGUGUACCGGGACCUGAAGCCCGAGAACAUCCUGCUGGACCGCGACGGCCACAUCAAGCUCACCGACUUCGGCUUCGCCAAGAAGCUGGUGGACAGGACAUGGACGCUGUGUGGGACGCCCGAGUACCUGGCCCCAGAAGUCAUCCAGAGCAAGGGCCACGGCAGAGCCGUUGACUGGUGGGCGCUGGGCAUCCUCGUCUUCGAGAUGCUGUCGGGGUUUCCUCCGUUUUUUGAUGACAACCCAUUCGGCAUUUAUCAAAAAAUCCUCGCAGGAAAGAUCGAUUUCCCCAGACAUUUGGAUUUCAGUGCAAAAGACCUCAUCAAGAAGCUGCUUGUGGUGGACCGCACGCGGCGCCUGGGGAACAUGAAGAACGGAGCGGAAGACGUCAAGCGCCACCGCUGGUUCCGAGCCGUGGACUGGGACUCCGUCCCGCAGAGGAAGUUAAAGCCCCCCAUUGUACCCAAGUUAUCGGGCGAUGGUGAUACCUCCAACUUUGAAACUUACCCCGAGAAUGACUGGGACCCAGCUCCUCCGGUGACCGAGAAAGAUUUGGAAAUCUUCAAGAACUUCUGAGGACUGGAACUCACGUCUGGAAGGAACACGGAGAUUUCAGCGCCCCCCUGAGUCGAAGACUGGAAUGCACGCGGGACACAGAAGAAACCCUUCCGUGCGGGCUGGGGAAACCCCGCAUCUAUGCGCAGCGGCAUGUACAGAGAUUAGAGGGGGGUUGGCAUCCACGGACUUGAUACUGUUUAAGCAACUGGAAACCUACUGCCACGCAGGAAGUCUGCAGAGUGCGUUUGGCUGUAGACUGCGCCUGACCUGGUAACACUGUGCCCCUCGGUCCCUCUCCUGACUCCUUCACUUUGGAAGUGUGAACUGGACUCUUGCGACGACCACAGAUGGCGAGUGUGUGUGUGUGUUUGUGUGUGUGUGUGUGCAAGCGCACAAGUGUGCGUAUGCGUGAGUGUGAGAAAGACACGAGCCCCGUGCAGAAAUUACGCAGUUUUGUAAAUGUUCACCUUUCGCAAAGCCUCUGGGGUUUAUUUUUUUCCAAAGGCUCUUCCCGUUCUUGGGGACAGAAAUCUCCGGUCUAUGAUAUAUGCAGUUUUUCUAAAUCACCUUCUAUGCAUUUUACAAGUAAGAAGAAAAUACAGUACGCAGGUCUUCGUCCGGGGCCUUCGCUGUUUCCCAGCUGCUCACUCAGCCUGCAGACUGUGAGAAAGGGGGCAGAAAUAAGAGUGAAUUUUUACCUCAGAGCAACUAGGCACAGUCAAGGUGCUGGGGAGGGGGCGGGGGUCCCAGAGUCCGGGUAUCGGUCACAUAGAGGAGCUGCAGCGCGCAAAACCAGCUAGAAGCUGUCUGUGCAAAUUCCCCAGUAAAACUCCAGUUUGUGUGUCUCAUACCAGCGGCACUUCCCAAGAUUCCAGGAAUUCUUUCUUUUUUCCUCUCUUUUUCUGUCCU